AUGAGCAGAUUGAGAACCUUUACGAGAGUCACCUCCCCACUUGCAGCUUUUGCAGCUGGGUUCUUGGUUUUCCCCCAGGAGUGGCAGAGAGGCCGCUGGGAGCAUCGUCAUCUAUCGUAUAUGAACAAGGAAGCCGUCCAAAGAAUCGAAAAUAGUGAGAUGUUCAAGGCACUAGAAGCUGACAAGGAUACUGUCAUGAGUCGGUCGAGCGACGCGUUCCCGGCGCAGCAUAGAAAAAACCACGUUGGCCUGGGGCUUAUGGCAGGGCUGGGGCUUAUGGAAGUCGACCCGAUCAUUUUUACUAAUAGCACAGCUGGCGAGUUGACAGCGUUUUACCACUUGGGUAAAAACUUGAUCAGUGCAGACGGCCAAAUCCACAACGGCGUUACGGCUACAAUUCUUGAUGAGGCACUCUGUUUAUGUGGGUUCUCGCAGUUGCCGUCUAAAAGAGGUGUUACGGCUAAUUUAACAAUUGACUUCCACAACCAGGCUCCUCCCGAAAGCACUGUGGUAGUGCGUGCCAAAGUGGUGGAGGCGAAGGGUAGAAAAGUGGUGAUCCACGGUACGCUAUUCACCAUGAAUUCUGGGGCAGGUCCCAAUGUGGACAUUGCCAGUGCGAAGUGCGUAUUGGUGGAGCCCAAAUGGUUGAAGUAUUUUUGGUGGGUGCCAGUAUGA